UUUAGUUUGAAGCGUCCAUAACCCGAGAUGGCUGACCCAAAUUCGAGUCGACAUGAGAAAAGCUUAGGAUUGUUGACAACUAGAUUUGUCUCACUAUUACAGCAAGCGAAGGAUGGUGUACUUGAUCUGAAAGUUGCGGCCGACCAACUAGAAGUACGUCAGAAGAGACGGAUCUAUGACAUCACCAACGUCCUUGAGGGGAUCGGUCUCAUUGAAAAAAAAUCUAAAAAUAGCAUCCAGUGGAAGGGUGCAAGUGCUGGCUGCAACACGACUGAGAUCUCAAACCGUCUUGUGGUUUUGAAAGAUGAGCUGGACGACCUUGAACGACAGGAGCGAGAGCUGGACAAGCACAAGGUGUGGGUUCAGCAGAGCAUUAAGAACGUCACGGAUGAGGUCAUAAACACACGACUAGCGUACGUGACCCAUGAAGACAUCUGUAAGUGUUUUAAAGGAGACACACUGCUCGCCAUACAGGCUCCGUCAGGAACACAGCUCGAAGUGCCCAUUCCAGAAAUAGGUCCCGGGUUCAAGAAGAACUACCAGAUCCACCUGAAGAGUCACGCUGGAGCCAUAAACGUUCUGCUGGUGAACAAAGACGCGGACAACACGAGUCCGGUUGUGGUUCAGGUACCGCCAGCCAAGGAAGACAUGGUUGACCAGACCGACGAGCUACAGAAUCAAAACCUCGACCCGGCGCAGGGAAAGGCAACGGCAAAAUUACAGGCAAAGCGCUCUCCAGUGAAAGCUCCACUAAAAUCCUCACAGCAAGGUUCUUCAGUAGACUUACUGCCUACCAGGAUGGCCACACGGUCAUCACCGCGGAAAAACACUCAGGAGCUCGCACAGCCAUCUACCUCCAGUUCAAUUCCGCUUGGCUUGGACUCGUUGGCGUCAGACCUUCUCUUCGACCCUUCACGGAAUGACCUGGGCAUCGAUGGUGCAUUCAUUGAAGAUCUCAUCUCAUCAGAAAGUUUUGCUCCACUUCUCCGAUUGAGUCCACCGCCAUCCGACCGUGACUACUAUUUCAAUCUAGAUGACACCGAGGGUGCUUGUGACCUCUUUGAUGUUCCCUUGCUGCCCAUAUGAUCUUGAGACGACCCCUACUAUCCCAUGCAACGACAGUGCCCAAGGAUCAAAUUUCAUUGCCAUUUGUGGACGAAAAAAUUUAGUGCUUGCACCUAAUGUGUUCAAACGAGGGAAUCCUGUUACAUCGUCACUAGUUUUGUCAGACUCGUAUUACUAUUGGCUAUUAAUACUUCAGCCUUUCUAUUUUGAACUAGAUAAACACUAAUUUGUCAUGUAGCUUGAGAUUAAUAUUUUCUAAGAAAGGAAUUCUAUCAGUUGGGGUGAUUUGGAAAAGGUAUUUUUAAUUAUGUAUAGGUAAGGGGGGGAGGGGGUGGGGCUGGUGGUUGUGGGAGGGAAUGUUUUAAAACACACCAGAAGGAUUUAGUUUAAGCCAGCUUUCAGAAAAUUUAAUUAUUUUCAUGCACAAAAGUUCUGAUUUAAAUCUUGUUGUAAAAAAGAUAUUGUAAUGUAUAUAUGAAAUUGAUUUUAGUAUCGAAGGUUAAUUGAAUUGUAUUUGAAAGGGAGGGACUUGAAAUUAAAAACCCAUAGUGUUUUCAAAAUGAGCUGACAUCAUUAUUGAACUAAUUUUUUUUUUAUUAUUUAGAAUCAUGAUUUAAAUCUUUUUUUACUGUAUGAUGUCCUUGUGGAAUUUCAAUAUGGUGAUUUUAAAGCACACAUGAAAAUCCUCUGUCAUCGCUAUUUGAUAUCAAGAUCACAGUAGCCACCUCGUUUUUAUAGAUCUGCAUAUUUGUCAAGAUUUUUUCAUGUCAUUUUCAUCCCAGAUAUGUAUUUAUUUUAUUUUGACAGCAUAUCUCAAAAAGUUGUAAUUUGUUAAUUAUUAAGUUCAUAAUUUGUAAAUUAUUGUUAUGCAACUGAAAUUGAGAAUUAGAAAUACACUUUUAGAACAGUUAAAUUAUUUGCGAUUUAUAUUAUAAUUUGUUUCCAAAGAGUAGAUUUAAUAAAAAUGCCUAAUUUGGAUUAAUUUUGAGGAACAAAUAGCUUGUUUUAUAAAAUUAAUGUUUAACGACACCCCAGCACAUAACAAAAUGCAUUGGCUAUUGGGUGUCAAACAAGAGUUUUGGCAGAUAAUCCAUUGGGAUACUUUGGGUUUCUUACUGCUGCUUUGUUGUUAAGAAUAUAGUACCGUUGUAGAACAGUGUUUAAGAAAAACGGACUUCGUAAGUUUGGCCCAUUAUGUUUAGUUUAUUACUGGAAUGUUGAAAUUACUACAAGUUUUAUUUCCAAAUGUUAUUAUUUUAAAAUAUUUUCUUUAAUGUCUGUUAAUAUGGUAAAUGAAUACUUUAUUCUCUGUUAUUACUAAAAGUUUUAUGCAGCAUGUAUGGGGACAUGUUCAAUGGUUUAAAAGUAUCAAAAUUUUAAUAAUUAUAAAAUAUUGGUAUAUUCUGUAUUAUAUUGAUGGUAAAACAUACAGUAACAUGACAGUUUAGAUACAUUUAUUUCAAUACUAACAUAGUUUUAUGUGUGUCUAAAAUACAAAAAUAUAACGGGGAUUGAAUAUCACUAGUAUGGGGUUUAAUGUCAAUAACAUGGUUAGCUUCUGAAACUGUUAAUGGUGGUUUUGCUGUUAAUAUUGCUUACAUGUUCCCUAACAUUUUCCAUCUCUAUAUUUUAACAUACCUUUGACAAGUAUUGGUUAUCUUAGUUUUAUUUCUUCCUCUUUAUUUUCUUUUUUUCAUACAUACUGGUAACUUGGCCUUGUUAAAAUGAUUUUGAUAAUUAAUUGAUAAGAGGUUAUGAUAUCGACUUAUUCUUCAUAUGGUUCAAAAUAAAAGCUGACAAUAUAAGUUUUUACCCUCUAGGUCUAUACAGCUUGAGUGUUGAAUCGGAGGUGGAUUUCAAGUCAUUGAAACUGUUUCUGGUUUUCACACAUCUCAAUUGUGAUAUUGCCAUGUGUCAUUUCAAAGAAAUUACAUUAGUUUGUGAAUAUUAUUCCCAGGUUUGAAUAAUAAAUUUUUAUGAAACAAAUUCUUUGUCCAAUUCUAAACCAGAGAAUAUUCUGAAUAUUUUUGUCAAUAUAAUAAUAUCAGGAGCAGAUAAUUUCACUUGUAUAAUGACCCAUGUUCGCUAUAUAUAUUUGUUCUGGAGACGACCCUAUUAUGUUGGGUAUCUAUUAUGUUGGGUAUCGUGUAGAUAUUUUUUGGUGUAUAUAAUGAUAAAAAGUGCUUCAUAUUUUUAUACAUGAUGUAUAUGUUUGACAUGUUGUUUUUUAUGUUUUUCUUAAACUUUGGCUGUCUCGUAUUUUUCAACAUCAUAUAAUUAUUUGUUGAUAUUGUACAUGCAAUGUGAUUCCAUUUUCAUUUAUAUAUAAACCCUUGACUGUAAAACAUGACUAGGGUGCACUUUCAUUUUUGUCUGUCCAUCCCAAUUAUUCAUGCUCUUAAGUGCUGCCAUACCCUUCCUCCUGCCCCCUCCCCCACUUCAUUGUUAAAAUGCAUUUUGAGCUACAAACACUCACUGCAAGUGAGUAAACGAAAUACUUUUACUUUUUCAUAAAUACAAUUCAAUAAAACACCUGUAUUUUUCAAUGUAGAUAAUACCAAACGUUUGGUAUCCAAUUUUGUUUUGCGACUUGAGUCCGAAAGACAAGACUUAGUAUGUUCAAGAAGUGGCUUAAAAGUUAAGUCAAAAACAGACAAAAUGCAAGUAUUGGUAGGUUGAUAAAUAAGACUCAUGUAUGUCAAUGAAACUUAAUGAUAAUUUACUCAGAAUGUCAGUGAUGUUUAAGUUUAAUGUCAAAAAACAAAAGUCGUAAUAGCCAUAAAAUAUUUUGCACUAAUAACUAGGAUCAGAGGCUGUAAGCUUCACAGGUUGUGGAGUGACUGGAUCCAGGUUCAUGUUUGACUCUGAACCAGAUCAAGUGUACAGCUCACUAUACACUAUCUCUUGCUGACCAUCUGAAAAAACUAGCACUGCAGUUUUUCUCUUGGUGGCAGAAAGUAAAUCAGAAUACACUGUCCACCAAAUUAACAGCUUAUGUGUGUGUGGGUAUUGAAUACCUAGUAUUUUAAAAAUGUUUGUGUAGAAAUACAAUAGCAGCAGACCCCCCCCCCCCCAAAGACAUACAAAACAUUUACAGUGCAACCAACCCAAAAAUCGGCUACACCCACCCCUUCAUGUCACCAAAUAGGUGUUAAAAAGUGAUACAGCAGAUUAUGAUAGAAUAUAAUUUAUUUUAAUUCCAAUGGUUUAAAUACUGUGUUGAGAUUUUUAUUACAUAUUGUCAUGUGAAUAAUAAAGUUUACUUUGUAAAGUGAAACCCCUCUUAAACUGGACAACCCAGUGGGAUCAAGUAAAAAGCUGGUUUAGAGAGGUUCUGGUCGGUACUGGAACCGAUAUUGAAAAAGGGACAGAUUUUGAGGGGUUUCAUUGUAUUUGUCAAAAUUAUUAACAUUUAUGUAUUGUUUGUUAAGACCUUUUCAGUUUUGUAAAGAGGAUGGAGUGAAAAUAAAAUGCUUUAUGCAA